AUGGCUUCAGUCCAGAUCUCCACUCUCCACCGUCGCUCAGGUUUCGGAUUUUGGACUUUUAUGUUUUCUGCAGCUUUAAUCACAGGAACAAGGCGUGGGUUUUCCUGCACAUUUAAUAGAGAUAGCUUAUUCUGGUUAUGCUGUCUAGUUGAACAUGUUCCGACCAUUGCAUCAUCCCCUACCACAACUUCAUAUUUCUGGUCUUUUACUCCUGACAAGUGCAUACAUCAAAGAACUUACAGAACACCUAGGCAUCUUUCAAGAGUUCCCUCCUUAUCUUCUCGACCAGGUUUUUUAUUAAUGCAGAGAUCAAAUAUCUUUGGAAUCCAUGAUAUUCUGGGAAACUGGCUCCCUGCCAGAUACAUUAGUAAUGAAUCAGUUGAGCUGAAGACUGACAAUAAUGUCGUACGGUUCUCUCUAGACAAGUCCGAUGAUAUUAAUUAUGGAAAGAAGAGCCAGCUGAACAAAAGAGUUAAAAUGUCUAGAAAAGCUAAACUGAAUGAGCUUAGGUUCUAUCGUUUGAAGGCCAAGAAAAAGAUGAUUUCCCCAAAUCCAGAAGUUAGAAUUACAUAUAAGCUUGAAAAGGCCAAGCGAAAGGAAACUUGGUUGGUUGAGAAGCUAAGAAAAUUUGAUGUACCAAAAUCUCCUCCAGAAACAUUUGAUCCUGAAAUUUUAACUGAGGAGGAGAGGCAUUACCUGAAGCGCACUGGUGAGAAAAAGAAACAUUAUGUUCCAGUUGGGAGACGAGGAGUGUUUGGUGGGGUAGUUCUUAAUAUGCAUCUUCACUGGAAAAAUCAUGAAACAGUUAAGGUUAUCUGCAAGCCUUGCAAACCAGGGCAAGUUCAUGAAUAUGCUGAAGAGCUUGCCCGACUGAGCAAAGGCAUUGUGAUUGACAUCAAGCCCAAUAAUACUAUCAUUUUUUACCGUGGAAAGAACUAUGUACAACCGGAAGUAAUGUCACCUCCAAAUACAUUAUCAAAAGUGAAGGCCUUGGAGAAAUAUAGGUAUGAGCAGUCCCUUGAACAUACUAGCCAGUUCAUUGAAAGAUUGGAGAAAGAGCUUGAAGAGUAUCAUCAGCACCUUGCAAAGUUUAAAAAAGGGAAAGAGGAUAAUGCUAAAGAUGGAUUGGGGAAGCAUGACUCUAUCUAUGCUGGACACAAAAUGUCACAUACAUGAGGCUCAUACAACCUGAUCUUGUUUGCUAUUGAGUAACGAUAAGUGCGAGUUUCUGCUCUACUACUGUAACGAUUUCAUCAGUUACACCAUUGGGGUGGAAUGUCAAGCAUCACAUAUUCCAAGGUCUUGUUCAUUAUUGGAGAUGCCAAUGAUUGAAGAAGGAUUUCUCAAACCCAUUCCCCGGAUGCACUGAAACAAAGUUCAACAUAACUUGCUCUGUAACAAAUUUCAUAACAAAAGGUUUAGCAAGUGUUGCUGCAUUUAGGUUAGGACGGUGGAUGAUGUUACUAUCAAUAUAGCUACGGCCAUUAGCUCCAUGAUAAGGCUAACCAUACCAAAUGUUUAUGGCAAGCUAUUUGUCUUUAUGAAAGUACAGAUCAUAACAGUUUCCCAAUGCACAUUGGUAGAGUGACUUGUCUUUAAUCAUAAUUGGGUCCUCCAUGUCUCUCGCUAUUUUGUUGGUCCAAUGAAAAUAACUUAAUUCAAGCUA